CUUUUGGACCUUUUAUUUUGGACGACUGUGCAACAAGCUUACUGAAGAGACAUGGUGUCGGCCGGCUUUCAGAUGGUGGGCACUGCCCUGUGUAUUAUUGGCUGGAUUGGGACCAUUGUUGUCUGUGCCCUUCCCCAGUGGAAAGUGACAGCCUUCAUCGGCCAGAGCAUCGUCACUGCCCAAACCACUUGGGAGGGCAUCUGGAUGACCUGCGUGGUCCAGAGCACAGGCCAGAUGCAGUGCAAGGUUUAUGACUCGAUGCUGGCCCUUUCAUCAGAUCUCCAGGCUGCCCGCGCCCUCAUCAUCAUCUCUAUCAUGGUCGGCGUCUUCGGCAUCCUCCUCUCCCUCGCCGGGGGCAAAUGCACCAACUGUGUGGAAGAUGAGAGCUCCAAAGCCAAAAUUGGCGUGGCAUCUGGUGUGAUGUUCAUCAUUGCCGGGGUUUUGUGCCUCAUCCCUGUGUGCUGGACAGCAAACACCAUCAUACAGAACUUCUACAACCCACUGGUUAUUGGCUCUCAGAAAAAGGAGCUUGGAGCUUCACUCUUCAUCGGCUGGGGAUCCGCAGGCCUCCUCAUCCUGGGUGGAGCACUCCUCUGUGCCAACUGUCCUCCCAAGGAUAAUUACUCUGCCAAGUACUCUGCUGCCCGUGCAAAUGGAGUCAAGGACUACGUCUGACGAGAGAAAAGCCAAAUGACAAGACUGAAAAAAGACUAAAGUCAAAUGCUUUGUGGUCCAUGAAAUUGAUUCAUGUUUCCUCAAUCAGCAUAAUUAGAAUUUCACAGUUUUCACAUGUUUAUUGUGCUCACAGUUCUGUUUGAUACUUUCAUGUUGAUAUACAGCACAUGUUUCUUCAGUGCCAAGAUGAAGAGAUGUGGACCACACCCAAACUUAAUCAGUGGGAGUGAAAGAAAAUACAUAUCCAAUUUAAUUUGUGCCCUUUUACAUAUCAUUCCAUUUUACAAUGUGUAUUAUACGUGACUGUCUGAAACUGUAAAUAAAGAUUUUUUUUAUCAAC